UUGAGAUGAGCCGGCUCUUUCAGCUCCCCAUAUAUAUUUUUUACAUAUUUUUACAUAAUAUUUACAUAUUAAUUAAUUAAUAGCCUAACCUAAUUUUAUAACAUUUUGUUUCAUUAUGGAUGGACAGCGAGACACCGAAGGACAAAAACUGUCGGCUCUGUGACACGACAGGGAGGCGGAGAGACAGCGAGAUACUGAAGGAAAAAACGACUCCCAAAAAGGAUCCUAAAACGGCUCCCAUUGUGGAGCCGGUUCCAAUCGAGUCGGCUCUUACAGCCGGAUCUUUCGCGAACGACAGGUCACUAACCUGUAGCGGUCACUGUUGCCUAGAAACCACCACUAACAACAGCAGCAGCAGAGGUUUCUUACAUGGUUUACUCAGCUGCGUCUUUUUAUUUAUAUUAUCAUUAAAUAUUAUAUUUUAACAGAUAUUUUACUGAACAAGAAUGGCUUCGGCGUUACAGCCCUACAACCAGGAUCCAAACGGAGCGUAUGUGUUCUCUAGUCGACCACGGCCUGCUCCAACGCGCCUCAAAUACAAGGACCCUGCGGUGAUUCAAAAUGAAGAAUUAUAUGUAUAUGGAAACAUUAUGUACGAUCGGCGUGUUGUCAGAGGAAAUACCUAUGCACAACACACUCUGCCACUUAGGUCACAGCCUGACCCUGCUGAGCUUCAAAAACAGCAAGAGACCAGAAGGAGAGCCCUGGCAAGAAAGAGAGCUAAAGAGCAGUUCCGCUUAUUAACCCCAGAAGCACUUGAAGGGAGGAAACACACGGAUGUGCAGACUGAGCUGUACUUGGAGGAGCUGAGUGAUCAUCCUGAAGAUGCCAGUGUGGGAUGUCAGACUGAUGCAUUCCUAGACAAACCAGCCACUCCUCUCUUUAUCCCUGCCAAGUCUGGAAAAGAUGUAGCCACACAAAUAGAGGAAGGAGAGCUGUUUUACUUUGACACAGAGGUGCAGCCUGUGUUAGAGGUGCUGAUAGGAAAGACCAUGGAACAGGCUCUGUUGGAAGUUCUGGAAGAGGAAGAGCUGGCAUCCCUGAGGGCUCAACAGCGUGCCUUCCAGGAGCUGCGUAAUGCUGAAAUUGUGGAGGUACAGCGACUGGAGGAACAGGAGAGGCGCCACCGAGAGGAGAAGGUACGCAGACUUAAGCAGCAGAGAGAAGUCUUGGAGAAUGAGAGAGUAAUAGCAGAGAAAAUAGCAGCUAGAGUAUUUGCUCAGCAAUACCUGGCUGACCUGCUGCCCUCCGUCUACAACACUCUGAGAGACCAGGGCUAUUUCUACGACCCAGUGCAGAGAGAUAUAGAGACAGGAUUCCUCCCCUGGCUGAUGGCAGAAGUGGACAGUGCUUUGAAGAAACGAGAGAUUGUGCUUACAAUGCUUGACACCCUCAUCUAUGAUGUGGCCAACAGCAGACAGGAGACGUAGAUUUGGAAUGUAGACCCUCUUCCUCUGUUGGUCACGUCUGAGAUAUGAUUUGAGAAACCAGUACCUUAAAGCUGUAAAUAAAACAUUGUGUGAUAUCA